GAGCUAUGCUGUUCUCCAACGGCUUUUGUUUACUCUGCAACUUGUAAGUUUAAAUGGAAAAUUCUGUUGGAUUAGUUCAGAGUAGGUAAUCAUGUGCCAUAAAGGUGUAAUAAAUCUUCUGUAUAUACUUAUUUACUAAACUCAAAUUUGUAGCGUGUAGCGACAUACCUGAUUAUGCCCCCUGCUUCAAUAGUCAUUUGGAACAGCGUGGCCUUGUUUACACAUCACCUGGUGACGUGUAUCGGAGUAUAAAUACCACAGGUACACAAUACAAUAGGUAAUGUGUAAGGGCCGGGUGUCUGUCCGCAGCAAUGGGAGGCAUAUUCUGUAAAUUAUUCCGGAAACGUCAAAUGAGAGUGUUGUUAAACGGACUUGAUGCUGCAGGUAAAACAACAACUCUAUACAAACUCAGACUUGGGGAAGUCGUCACGACAAUUCCUACAAUCGGUUUGAACAUUGAGACGGUGGAGUAUAAAAAAAUACAGUUGGUGACUUGGGACGUUGGAGGCAGGGACAAAAUGCGGCCCCUGUAUAGACAUUACUACACCGGGACUGAUGCGGUUGUUUUUGUUGUUGACAGUAAUGAUAAAGAACGAACUGAAGAAGCCAAGAAGGAACUUCAUGCUAUCAUGAAGGAAGACAUGCUCAAUGAAGUGAUUAUUGUCAUAAUGGCCAACAAACAGGAUUUACCCGGAUCUAUGACUCCAGAGGAGGUCCACGAGAAACUGGACGUGAAUUAUAUCCGUAAACCCACACGUGUAAAGUGUUUCGGUACCUCAGCCACCACCGGUGAGGGACUGUAUGACAUGCUCGAUUGGCUUGUAGAGGCUGUCAAUACGAAACAAGCAACAGCGUUACUGAGAGGAAAGGACGAGUGUGUAACUGUUGAAAAGGAUUCUAAAUCAUCAUACUUUACAACGCCUUUGUCAUAUAUCAAACACAUGUUUUCAAAAGUGUAAGGAAAGUAAGUUCGAUUAUAUCACCAACGUCACAGUCACAAUACUGGUAUAAUAUAAAUAUUGCCAUUUUUAGUUUAAGCUGUAUUUUUUUUUCAAUAUAUAGUACAGUAUAUGUAUACUAUAAAUUGAUUUACUAGUAGCCUACUUGGUACUUGUAUAUUGUUACAUGUUUAUUGUUUUGUUUCAUUUACUUACUGAUACUUGUUUUUAAUCAUGAUACUGUUGAACACAUGAAAUUACAUUAUCUUACUACAUGUAUUAUCUUAUUUCAUUAUCAUGUUAUGUUUGUUAUUUUAUUAAAAGAUACAUUAAAGGAUCUGUAUGUCUCA